UAUAACGCCACCUCGAGCACAAGAUCUAAACUCUAAUAUUAUCUCAUAUUUUCUUUUUGUGUAACUACAGAUUAUUUUUCUGUUCGCCCUGUAUGUGCGUAUGUCGAUGGUCAUUGAUUGCAAUUUCGUGUGAUACGCCAUUACUUCAACCGAACACUAAGGUCAUCGUUUUAUCAAUUCAAGCGCUCGAUAUACAAUUCGUCAGCGUAUUUGCGUACGUGAUUCAGCAAAACGAUAAUUGUAUCUCGUAACUAACCGGUAGUUGCUACGAAUACGAAUAAGCUACAUUCUAUAAACGGUUGUUGUCGAAGAACGUAGUCGAGAAACUUCUAAAGAUGGUUAAAGCCGUGUGCGUUCUUCAGGGUGAAGUCAAAGGCACCAUUUACUUUGAGCAACCGGUUGUACAAGUGCUGGACCACAUUUCAACCCGUUAAAAAAAGAUCAUGGUGGUCCUGAUGCAGAUGUGCGUCAUGUUGGAGAUUUAGGAAAUAUUGAAGCAAAUGCAAGUGGUGUUGCUAAUGUCGACAUAACUGACAAGAUCAUCCAACUUCAAGGACCACACAACAUUAUUGGUAGAACUCUGGUGGUUCAUGCUGAUCCAGAUGAUCUUGGCAAAGGUGGAGUUGAAUUAUCUAAGACAACAGGAAAUGCUGGAGCACGAUUAGCUUGUGGUGUUGUUGGAAUUACAGCCUAAAUAUAUAUUCUAUUAUGAUAUUACAAAUAAUGUAAAAUAUCAUUAGAAACUAAACAAUAUUACAUCUGUUACAGGUUUGAAUAUGAGUUCAAAUAUCAUUCCCAAUUUCGUAUAAUAAAUCUUUUUUCAUAUGUAAUCCAUUGUAUAAUUACAAUAAAGUAAUGGUAUAUGGUAUAUUUUAUUAAAUCAGAUAUAUGUAUCACAAGUUAUAUUUAAACGUCCUAUAUAAUUUAUGAAAUAAAAAUUAGCUGUACUUAAAAUUAGACAGUUCUAUGUAGUCAAGAAUACAUAAAUUACAAUAUUUUC